AUGGUUUCUUCGGAAGAAGCGACAAAGAUUUAUAAGGAGUCAAUACAUAUUGAUGGUCUUAAUAUUUGUAAAUUCGGACCUGAGAUUUUUGAAUCGUGGAAUAAAGGAGGUAUCACAGCUGUUUCUUGUACAUGUGGGCUUUGGGAGAACUUUGAAAAUUCCAUCAAGAAUGUGAUACAAUGGAAAAAAUGGUUCGAUGAGUAUUCACAUUUGAUCAUUCAGGUGCAUUCCGUUGAGGACAUUAAGAGAGCUAAAGCUGAUGGGAAAACUGGAGUUUUACUAUCGUGGCAGAAUACAUCUGGAAUUGAAGAUCAAUUGGGCUAUUUAAGAAUCUUCAGAGACCUUGGUGUACGCAUGAUGCAAUUGACAUACAACACGCAAAACUACUCUGGCGCGGGUUAUCUUGAACUAAAGGAUUCAGGAUUAACAGGUAGAGAAGUGGUUGACGAAAUGGCUAGACUUGGUAUCGUUUGUGAUUUAUCCCAUGUUGGUCCCAUUACCUCGAAGGACGUGAUUGAGUAUGCAAAGAAGCCACCUUGCUUUUCUCACAUUUUGCCCGCAGCAUUGAAAGAGAGCGGCCGUAAUAAAUCAGAUGAAUUAAUCAAGCUAAUUGGUUCCAAAGGCGGCUUCGUGGGUAUUUCACAAUUCGGGCCUCAUAUGCCUAAGGGCAAUGGUUCGACUAUUGAUGACUAUGUUGAUGUAGUGGACUACGUUAUUGGUCUUAAUGGUGAGGAUUUGGUCGGAAUUGGUUCAGAUGCCUCCGAAGGUCAUGGAAGACCAUCAGACUUCAUGGAAUGGUGUAAUAAAGAUAAAGGAUAUUCGAGAAAACUAACUCCUUGGGGAUCGGACAAGGUCGUGAAACCUCUUGGCCCUUUGGCUAACAGAGCUGAAUUAGCAUUAGCAAUGGCUAGAAAAGGCUGGUCAGAGGAAAAAAUUAAAAAAGUUUUGGGUUUAAAUUGGUAUAGAUAUUUAGAGAAGAUAUUUGAUACCGAAGUUUAG